AUGGCGUAUGAUCAGUAUGCUACGAUCUGCAAACCACUGAUCUAUGUGGCCAUCAUGUCCGAAAAGAAACGCGUGGGCUUGGUAGUUCUUUCCUACCUAACAAGUAUCAUAAACGCUCUAAUGUAUACCAACUGGGUUGUUUGCUUAUGGUUCUGUGGCCCGAAUGAAAUCAAUUAUUUCUGUUGUGACUCUUCUGCCCUCUUGAAGCUUUCUUGUUCUGACACCCAUCUAGCUAAGAUCUUCCCAUCGAUCUCUUCAGGGGCCAUGGUGACCAUCACAACUAUGAUUAUAGUCAUCUUUUAUCUCUACCUCUGCCAUUCUGAGAAUACACACCACGGAGGGAAGAUACAAAUCCUUUUAACCUGCUCCUCUCAUCUUUUGACCAUAAUGCCGUACUUUGGGACUGUCACAUUUAUCUAUGUUAGUCCCAGUUCCAACUACUCGAUGGAUCAGAACAAAGUGGUGUCCGUGUUCUACGUGGUGGUGAUCCCCAUAUUGAACCUUCUGAUUUAUAGCCUGAGGAACAAGGAAAUUAUGGAUACUCUCAGAAGAAUGGUUGCUAAGGGAAGUCUUUCCUGA